CGACGGCGGCGGCGGCGGCGGCUGCGGCUACGGGUCGCUGGCUUCCCCGGUGCAGAAUGAAACAUGACUGAGGACUCUCAGAGAAACUUCCGUUCAGUAUAUUAUGAGAAAGUGGGGUUUCGUGGAGUUGAAGAAAAGAAAUCAUUGGAAAUUCUCCUAAAAGAUGACCGGCUGGGGAUCCUGCCUCCGCACCACGAAUCCCAUGCCCAGGUGAUGAUGUAUCGCAAGGAGCAGUACUGUGAUGUCCUUCAUGCCCUGGAAGUUGUUCGCUUUGUCAGCGAUGCCACACCUCAGGUUGAAGUCUAUCUCCGCAUGUAUCAGCUGGAGUCUGGGAAGUUGCCUCGAAGUCCCUCCUUUCCACUGGAGCCAGAAGAUGAAGUAUUUCUUGCCAUUGCCAAAGCCGUGGAAGAGAUGGUAGAGGAUAGUGUCGACUGUUACUGGAUCAUCCGAUGCUUUGUGAACCAAUUAAAUAAUAAGUACCGGGAGUUUUUACCCCAGCUGCCAAAGGCUUUUGAACAAUACUUGAAUCUGGAAGAUAGCCGUUUGCUGAGUCAUCUGAAGACGUGUUCCGCGCUGUCCAGACUUCCUUAUGAUCUCUGGUUCAAGAGGUGCUUCGCAGGGUGCUUGCCUGAAUCCAGUUUACAGAGGGUUUGGGAUAAAGUUGUAAGUGGAUCCUGUAAGAUCCUAGUUUUUGUAGCUGUGGAAAUUUUAUUAACCUUUAAAAUAAAAGUAAUGGCUCUGAACAGUGCAGAGAAGAUAACAAAGUUUCUGGAAAAUAUUCCCCGGGACAGCUCGGACGCGAUUGUGAGCAAGGCCAUCGAUCUGUGGCACAAGCACUGUGGGACCCCAGUGCACUCAGCCUGACGGCUCCCUGCGCCCUCGGCCUACCAGGCCGCCGCCCGCUGCACUCACUGAAAAUCCCGUUCUUGCUUUGGUGCUCAAAGCGUCACUUUUCCCCAGUACAAUUAUUUAAGAUACCUGGUGACACUGUUAGGAGCAGCAACUUGUGGUUACACAGAAGUACAAAGCUCAACUCCGAAUAGCAUUUAAAAGGGUUAUUCAGAAAUACCUCCCUGUUUUCCAAGCAUCAGCCAGGGAGGGUGGGUGCUUUGAUAGGCAAGCCUGCCUGGCUCCUCUCUAAUUAGCACCACACUCGUUACUUUCUAAAGCUAUUUCUGGAAUAAAGAACAACUUCCUUUUGCGGACAAC